UAAAGACAAGGAGGAGUCUACCACCACCGUAGGAUAAGUAUUAGAUCCUCUGUUCUUCUUCUUUUUUCAGAGAGAAAAACAGAGGGAGGAGGGAAUUUUUUACAGUUAAAAAACGAACGAAUUGUCUCUCAUUCUGAUAUAGCAGAAACAAAGCAAUGGCUCCUCCUAGAGAAGUGAGUAAAGAAGACGAGGAAGACAGUUUGUUAUUGAGGGAGGAGCCAAUACCAGAACCAGAGGAUGAAAAACAAGAGAGAGCAUACGAAACAAGUGAGAAAGUUGUUAUUGCAAUUGAAGAUAGAGAAUCAUUAGAAUUUGAAGAUUAUUCAGUAACACCACCAUUUUCAUGGAAGAAAUUAUGGUUAUUCACGGGACCUGGGUUUUUAAUGAGUAUUGGGUUUUUGGAUCCAGGGAAUUUAGAAGGAGAUCUACAGGCUGGAGCUAUUGCUGGUUAUACAUUAUUGUGGUUGUUAUUGUGGGCUACAGUUAUGGGGUUAUUGAUACAGUUAUUAUCAGCAAGACUUGGUGUUGCAACAGGGAAACAUUUAGCAGAACAUUGUAGAGAAGAAUAUCCUAGAUGGGCAAGUUUUCUGUUAUGGGGAAUGGCUGAAUUGGCGCUAAUUGGGGCUGAUAUUCAAGAGGUUAUUGGUAGUGCUAUUGCUAUUAAGAUUUUGAGUAAUGGAUAUUUGCCUCUCUGGGCUGGUGUUCUCAUCACUGCAAUUGAUUGUUUCAUCUUCUUGUUUCUUGAGAACUAUGGAGUGAGGAAAUUAGAAGCUGUUUUUGCUGUACUUAUUGGAACUAUGGCAAUUUCAUUUGCAUGGAUGUUUGGUGAAACAAAGCCUAGUGGAAAAGAACUUCUGAUAGGUAUUUUGAUUCCAAAACUUAGCUCUAAAACGAUACGGCAAGCGGUGGGUGUUGUAGGUUGUGUAAUCAUGCCUCAUAAUGUCUUCUUGCAUUCAGCACUUGUUCAGUCAAGGAAAAUUGAUACUACAAAGAAAGGACGGGUUCAAGAAGCUAUGAAUUAUUAUACAAUUGAGUCAACUAUUGCUCUCAUGGUUUCUUUCAUUAUUAAUUUGUUUGUGACAACUGUGUUUGCAAAGGGGAUCUAUGGUACGGAUAAAGCCAACAGCAUUGGCCUGAUAAAUGCUGGGCAGUAUCUGGAGGAGAAGUAUGGAGGAGGACUUCUUCCAAUUCUUUACAUCUGGGCUAUAGGUUUAUUAGCUGCAGGGCAGAGUAGUACCAUGACUGGAACCUAUGCAGGGCAGUUUAUUAUGGGAGGUUUUCUCAAUCUGCGUCUAAAGAAAUGGUUGAGGGCGUUGAUCACAAGAAGUUGUGCAAUCGUCCCGACGAUAGUUGUUGCUCUUAUUUUCAACCGCUCCGAAGAUUCUCUGGAUGUUUUGAAUGAGUGGCUUAAUGUUCUUCAGUCUGUUCAAAUUCCAUUUGCAGUUAUUCCACUUCUAUACUUGGUUUCAAAGGAGCAAAUUAUGGGCACCUUUAAAAUUGGUCCCAAGACCAAGAUGGCAGCAUGGAUUGUGGCUGCUCUUGUGAUGGUGAUAAAUGCUUACCUUUUGCUGGAUUUUUUCCGUGCUGAAGUGACUGGUCUGUUAGUUGGUUUAAUAGUAUUUGUUAUUACAGCAGCAUACGCGUCAUUUAUUAUUUAUCUUGUUGCAAGAGUUGAUACUGUAUCCACAUUGCUGAACUCGAUUUGGCCUAAAGGAUCUGUUGUCACUGGAAACUGAUAACCAAUUCCAAGUAUCAAAAUUCUCAACAAUUGCUCUGAUGUUGCCCGUUGCAAAAAAGCUGUGUAUCCCAACUAUACAUGUAGAUUUAAAGGAGGUCAUAUGAUAAUAAAACUUUGCUCAAAUAUCUGCUGCAAAAGAUUAUUCGCAUGCCAAAGGCAGAAUCUCAAUCUCAGAGGUGCUAGUCUUGCUCUGUUGCAGAAGAAGCUUUUAUAUGGUCAGAAUUUGGGUAAUCACAUCUCUCGAUUCCUGCUCCGUGUUUCCUCAGGUAGCAAGAUUGAUGCAUGUCGCAGUUUCUCAUUGUAUAACAGUAUGGUAGAAAACCCCACAAGUACUUAAAUCUGGGAAAAUGCCCUUGUAGGGAUAUCUGUAACAAUUUUAGCUUCAGGAGUUGUAUAAAAUAGUCUAAUGUUAGGCCAAGUCUUUUGGUUCUAAGGCUAGUAAUAAAACAAUAUACGUCACUCUUUUGAAAUGUUUCCAUUGAGUUGCCGUUUCUUCUGUAUCUAUUUGAUUUUAGUAUACUUGGGAAUUUAAGUUCUUUCGUUCAGCAAA